ACCUCUCCCACCACUCCAACCACUACCUCUCCCACCACCAGCUCAACUGCCGUUGCUACUUCAACUGGCGAUUUGAGCGACUUCCAACAAUCCAUCUUGGACGAACACAACAUCAAAAGAGACUUGCACGGUGUCCAACACUUGCAAUGGAACAGCACCUUGGCCCAAUACGCUGCCGACUACGCUGCAUCCACAUUCUCCUGUAACAAUGUUCAAUUGAUCCACUCAGGCGGACCAUAUGGUGAAAACUUGGCUGCCGGCUACAAAGGAGGAGCUUCUCCGGUGGACGCUUGGUACGAUGAAAUCCAGUACUAUGACUUUAGUAACCCAGGAUUUAGUGAGUCUGCCGGACACUUUACACAAGUUGUUUGGAAGUCCACUUCUCAAUUGGGAUGUGCGUAUGUCACUUGCGACAACGCCUGGCAACAGUACACUAUUUGUGAAUAUAGUAAUCAGAGAGGUAAUAUUGUGGGUACUGAUUCUGCCACUGGAAAGACGUACUUUGAAGAAAACGUCGUGGAGCCAAUUUCUUCCUAA